GCUGCGGCGUAUGUUGUAUUUUUGACUUUGUUGUGAAAUUCCGCUAUUUCUUGAAAUUUAAUCAUGACUACUCUAACUAAAUUUGUAUCGGACUAUUGUAAGACGUGGGAAAAGUCAGGCAGAGACUCUUUUGUUAAAUUACUUACACAAUACAUUAAAGAUGAAGGCAAAAGUCCUCUUUUCACGAAAUCUGGUAAACUUUCGGGUCUAUCACAGAGUAUAUACGAUUUGUUGCUUUGUGCCUUGAAAGGGUAUCUCAAAAAAGAUGCAGUUAUAUCUGUACUUCGUGAAAUAGCUAUGUUACAUGCUGAUAUGCCUUCAAUUUUGCUGGAUGUUGUAUGUGUAAUAGAUGCAGAAACAUCGCUGAAUGUACAGAGCGAAGAGAGAUCUGUUUUCUGCUAUUUAGUACGUGAAUUGGAAUCUUUCAUGUCUGACAAAUUGCUAAAAGAAAGAUUAGAAAUUGAAACCCUUCAAGAUGUUGGAACAUUGAAGAACAAAAUUUUUUAUACCAAGUUCAUCAAGAUUAAGACCAAGCUAUACUAUAAGCAACGUAAAUUUAAUUUGUUCCGCGAGGAGAGUGAAGGAUAUGCAAAACUUAUUGUAGAAUUAAAUCAAGAGAUAUCUGAAGAUACUGACUGGAAAACUAUUUUGGAGAUUAUUCAAUCACUAAUUGGUUGUUUUAAUUUGGAUCCUAAUAGAGUCUUAGAUAUUAUAUUGGAAUCCUUUGAAGCACGUCCACAUUUAGAUAACUUAUUUAUUACUCUUAUAAAGAACUACAUGUGUGAUCCUCAAGUAAUAUCGGAGGUCUUAGGGUUCAAACUAAGUAAUAUGGAAGUAUUGGAUACUUAUAAAGAGCCCCCUAACUUAAUAACUAUCAUAGCUUUACUUUUGCAACAUCAAGUUAUUGCUUUGGAUGAUAUUUAUCCAUGGCUACGUCCUGAUGAUUUAAUAAUGGCCAAAGAAGCAGAUAAGGAGUUGAAGUUAGUCCAGGAAUAUAUUCGUAAAUUAAAUAUAGUUUCUACUAAAGGACCACCUGCUAAUGGGGCCAAUGACUUUAUUGAAGACAAAGCAGAUCCACAGGAAUACUGGGCUAAUCAGAAAUUGGUGCUUAGUGAAGCUCUCAUCCGCGUGUGCGCAUGGCGGGAAUUCUCAGCUUUAUUCAGUCGCCUUCAUGUGUCAGCCAUGCCAGCUCGCCCAGCCAAGGCUCUUUGUGAAAUGCUACAUGCUGUUGUUGAACCGUUAUAUAGAUCGCAAUGCCGAGUAGCACCAAAAAUAAUAGGCACCCCAAUACCACCAUUAAAGUCAAAUUUAGCUCCAAAAGCCUGUAAGACCUUUGAAGACAUGAAAGAAGUGGUUAUUCCUGCCCUGAUUUUAUUAGGACCAGCUCUUCACCAUAACCCUAUUUUGAUGUAUAAAAUAAUACGCAUAUUACGUACGUCGCGUUCAGUAAAAGGAGAUCCCCUUCAACAUGAAGCCUUAACAGUAUUGGAUGCAGCAAUUUUGCCUGCACUCACCUUGAUGGAGGGAAACUGUUGUAUGGCUGAAGAAGUGUAUACAUUACUUAAAUUGUAUUCCUAUCAGUGCAGGUAUUGCUUGUAUGCUCGGUGGAAAAAUGAAUCUGGUGAAAAAAUACCAGCCCUGAUGCGAGUACGCGGAAAUUCAUUGCAGCGAAUAAAACAUAUUAUGAAGCGAGUCUCCAAGGAAAAUAUAAAACCGCAAGGACGCCUAAUUGGAAAACUUUCUCAUGCUGCACCUGCUUUCCUCUUUGAUUAUAUGCUGUUACAAAUACAAACAUAUGACAAUCUAAUUGGUCCAGUGGUGGAAUCACUCAAAUACCUCACGUCACUAUCCCUAGAUGUUCUCGGCUACUGUCUAGUGGAAGUACUAUCAAGUAAAGGGUCAGCUACCGGGGCAGCUCACCCACCUUGGUUACAAGCGUUAGCUGCUUUUGCUGGAGCUGCAUAUAAGAAGCAUAAUAUUGAAUUAACUGGCUUGUUGCAAUUUGUAGCAGAUCGAUUGAAGGCUCAGCAAAGUCAAGAUCUACUGAUUCUUAAAGAGAUAGUACAAAAGAUGGCCGGCAUUGAAGCUGCUGAGGAAAUGACUCCAGAACAAUUAGACGCGAUGGCGGGAGGUGAAUUGCUUAAGGGAGAAGCUGGAUACUUCUCACAAGUACGAAACACAAGACGUUCCUCUGCGAGGUUAAAAGAUGCAGUAGUGGGCAACAAUCUAGAUAUAGCACUUUGUAUUUUAUCUGCACAACAACGGCAUUGCUGUGUGUGGAAAGAUUCAGGUGAAGAAAACACGAACGAAGCGGGUGGUUCUCAGUUAAAAGUAGUGGGUCGACUUGCGGACCAGUGUCAAGAUGCGUUGGUGCAACUGGGAACGUUCCUCGCGUCGUCGCACGCGCCCGACGAGUAUGCUGCGAGGUUGCCGCCUUUACCGGAACUACUUCGUGACUACCACGUGGACGCCGAUGUGGCAUUCUUUCUCCACCGCCCAGUAUUGGCUCAAAAAAUAGCUGCAAAAGUUGAAUCAUUGCGAAAGAGCUCUGAUAGUAAAUCGGACUCUCAAGAGAAGAGUAUAGAACGCUAUAAUAUCGCGUCUAAGGAAGCUCUAGAGCCUAUUGUAAUAUCUAUCACGCCAUUGUUACCGAACAGAGUCUGGGAAGAUAUAUCACCAGAAUUUUAUGUGACAUUUUGGUCAUUAUCAAUGUACGACUUACGUGUACCAGUUGAAAGUUAUGCAAGAGAAAUUGACAGAUUAAAAACGGCCGCUGCAAGUGCCGCUAGAGAUACUUCACAGGGUACAAAAGGGAAGAAAGAACAAGAAAGAUUCAAUACUCUAAUUGAGAAACUACAGGAGGAGCGUCGCCGUCAAGAGGAGCACGUGUCCCGCGUACAUGGCCGUCUGUCCCGCGAGUGCAGCGGCUGGUUCCCCGCACGCGCAGCCAAGUCCGCCAAGAACGAAACGGUCACCCGCCUCAUGCAGCUCUGCCUGUUCCCGCGCUGCGUGUUCACAGCAACGGAUGCGCUGUACUGCGCGCAGUUUGUGCAUACUGUGCACGCGUUGAAGACGCCUAAUUUUUCCACGCUGUUGUGCUAUGAUCGGCUGUUCUGCGACAUAACGUACUCGGUGAUGUCGUGCACGGAGGGCGAGGCGGCCCGCUACGGCCGCUUCCUGUGCCGCGUGCUGGGCACGGCCAUGCGCUGGCACGCGGACCGCGCCGCCUUCCACGCGGAGUGCGCGCACUACCCGGGCUUCGUCACCAAGUACCGCGUGUCCAACCAGUUCACGGAGGCGAACGACCACGUCGGAUACGAGAACUACAGGCACGUGUGUCACAAAUGGCACUACAAGAUCACGAAAGCGAUGGUUGUGUGCCUGGACUCUGGCGACUACGUGCAGAUCCGUAACGCGCUCAUAGUGCUCAUCAAGAUAUUGCCGCACUUCCCUGUGCUGGCGAAAUUAGCGCAAAUUAUCGAGAGGAAAAUUGAGAAGGUUAAAGAAGAGGAAAAGAACCAAAGACCAGACUUGUACGUUCUGGCGACAGGGUACAGCGGUCAGUUGAGGAAUAAAGUUCCCAACAUGAUGAAAGAAAGCGAUUUCCACCAGGUAGUCGAUCAGCAUAAAGCAAGCGGCGUGGCUCAAGUGACGGCUGUUAAAGAGGAAACUAACAACAAACAACAGGAAACCGUGGUUUCGCCCGUGCAAACGACAGAUUCAGAGAAAAAGGAAUCGAAAACCAGUGAUAGACGACGCGAUGAAUCAGAUCGCGAUAAGGAGACUAAGCGGGAGUCUAGAUCGUCAUUGAAGGAACGGAACAAAGAAGAGUUGAGAAGUAAAGAUAAAUCUCCAAGAGAACGAUCACAUAGAGAGGAGCGCUAUUUGGAAGCGAUAUCACCACCUCAUGAUCACCGUCAUCCGUCCGAUGACGUAGAUCGUGAUGUGAAACGUCGUAAAGUAGAGAGCAGCGGCAAUGGCAAGGGUAGUAAAGAGAUUGAGGAACGAUCACCUGAAAAGGAGAAACGGAAAACUAAACUUAGAGGCGAUGAGCGUAAAGAGCGUAAGAUAAGCCGUAAAAGGGAUAGGGUCGAGGACUCGUCUCUUCUUGAACAAAAACGACGUCGCGAUGAACAAAAAGUUGUAAUUAAAAUGCCGAGUCACCAAAAUGGAUCGCAGGAAGAGCACCAUUAUGAGAAGUAUCAUAAAAGGGAGAAAUCACCGUUCCGGGAUCGAUCACAUGAAGAACCCAGAGAUAAACAUAGACGAUCAAAUGAGUCGAAGAUCAGAAGAUAAUGCUGGUUUUCAAGAUCUUAUGACGACAGUGACGACUUUACCUAGUAUAAGAGCUAGAUAUAAGAAAAUGUACUAGAAGCUACUGACAAACAGUAUGGAAGUAUACUGCAAUAAAAUAAAUGUCCACAAUA